UUUUUUUAAUACUAAUAAGCCCAUCUCACAAAUUGUGGAGUCACGGUGUUCCAUAAUAGAGUUUCUGCAACAAUAUCACUUUCUUCUUCCCUGAUUUCUCAUAUCCAAUAUUCAUCCGAAGUUAACAGACAACAAUGGGAAGUAAAAGCCCACCGACUCUACUCCUUGCAUACUUUUCCCUAUUGAUUUUUUCAUUCCUCGCUGAAUCUCAAGCAAGAUCACUUCAACAAGUUUGUUCUUCCUCAUGUGGAGAUAUCAAAAACAUCAGCUACCCAUUUCGCUUAAAAGGCGAUCCAGAAAGCUGUGGCGAUCACGACUAUGAACUUUCAUGCGAGGACAACAAAACUAUAUUGGAAUAUUACUCAGGAAGGUACUAUGUGAAGAGAAUUUCAUAUACAAUGCGUACCAUUCGCAUAGUUGAUGUUAAUUUUGUGAAUGGAACUUGCAAUCUUCCAUACCAUUCUCUAUCCCCGGAUGUAGUGGAUAGUGAUAUUCGUUACGAAGAUGCACAAAUAGGACUCAAUUUUAUGUAUGCCAGUUUCAUUAACUGCUCCGGAAUCAUCACUGAUCCAACUUACAGAAAACUUCCUUGUAUGGGUGGAAACACAUCCCAUGUUUAUGUUGUUUAUGGUUCUAUGCUCUCCAGUCUUCCCGAGAGAUGCUCAUUUAUCUCAAUGCUUCCGAUUGAUUUUAGAGAUUUGAAUGAUACAAUCCUGAAUUUACUGGAGUCAGGGUUCGAUAUGGGAUGGUCAGUUGAGUGCCGAGAUUGCCAGCUAUCCAAUCAAAGUUGCUAUCUAGCUAAAUUCGAAUUACCAUUUGAUUAUUACUGUUCAGAUUAUGGUCCAUAUGCAGAUGGUAUCAUUUCCACAAUAGUUAAGAUCGCCUUUUCUCUACUUGGGUCCUUUUUGAUUGUGAUUAUACUUAUUGCUAGAUUUAUCCUCGCUCCAAUCAUUAUUCUGGUGUUCCUAAUUCACAAGUUCAGGAAAGACCGAAAGCCGGUUGAUAAAGUGGAGACAUUUCUACAGAAUCAGCAGUCCUUGAUGCCGAAAAGGUACUCUUACACUGAUCUAGUUGCAAUGACGAACCACUUCAGAGAUAAAUUGGGGCAAGGGGGGUUUGGAUCGGUUUAUAAAGGGCAACUACCUGGUGGUUACUUGAUUGCUGUUAAAAUGCUCGAGAACACAAAGUUCAGUGGUGAAGAAUUCAUCAAUGAGGUCUCAACAAUCGGUAGAAUUCACCAUGUCAAUGUGGUGCAACUAGCGGGAUUUUGUUCUGAGGGGUCUAAAAGGGCUCUUGUGUAUGAGUACAUGCCUAAUGGAUCACUUGACAAACACAUCUUCGCGAAGGAAGGAAAGGGUCAGUCGUUUUGUUGGGGGAAUAUCCUCGAAAUAGCUCUAGGAACUGCUAGAGGGAUUGAGUAUCUACAUUGUGGAUGUGAUGUAUGCAUUCUUCAUUUCGACAUUAAGCCUCACAAUAUCCUGCUGGACCAAAAUUUCGUCCCAAAAGUCGCAGAUUUUGGCCUUGCCAAAUUUCACGCGAAGGAGAAUGAUUUUGUGUCCAUUAGUACAACGAGAGGAACAAUAGGGUACAUAGCUCCUGAACUGAUUUCAAGGAAUUUUGGAGCAGUGUCCAGCAAAUCAGAUGUGUACAGUUUUGGUAUGUUAUUGUUGGAAAUGGCUGGAAGAAGAAAGAAUGUAGAUGAAAAGGCAAAAAGUGAGAGCAAAGUCUACUUUCCAUCAUGGGUUUAUGACAAUCUUGACAAGGGAGGAGAUUUAGAGCUUGAAACUGUGAGUGACAUUGAGAUUGGGAUUGCAAGAAAAUUGUGUAUGGUUGGACUAUGGUGCAUCCAAAUGAAGGCAUCAGACCGUCCUUCAAUGACCAAAGUGGUGGAAAUGUUAGAAGGGAAUAUUGAUGAUUUGAAAAUGCCUCCCAAGCCAUUUAUGUGUUCGCCCAAACGUGCGUCUAUCAAUGAGUCUCGAUCGGAUUCUUCAACAGAGAUAUUUUCUGAGUCCAUAGAGGAAUGUUUGUAUGGUGAUAGAAAUGUUUAUUCUCAUCAAUCUGUUGUGUAAUAAAAACGGCAGAUCUAUUAUAGUAAAAGUUUAUGGUUACAUGUA